CACUGCCGGAGGACUGCUUCGCAGACCGCAAUAUGGCGAGAAUGCCUGCCAGCAGAGACGCAGAACAGGAGCAGAUGAGCUGCCCCGAGAGGAGCAGGGAUGAGGACGGUGAGGAGGAAGAUGAAGAUGAGAUCCAGGAGGUCCAGAUCACAGGGGAAGAGGAGGACGAGGAGUCCGACACGGACAGCGUGGAGCUGGAGUGGGACGCGGGGAGCACAGUGCUGGACUCCAGUGGCUCCGCAGAGACGCGAGCGGUCGUUAUGCGGAGUAUGGACCAAGGAGAGGAGGAGGGAGAUGCGGACCCAUUCAGCAGCAGAAAUCCGUUUCACCUGGAGGGAGACAUUCAGCGGUCCGAGAGGAACAGGCUGAGCGAGAACACCCGCCUGGCCACCAGGUAUGCCGUGAGGAUUUUCAGGGAGUACCUGAGCGAGAAAGCGCAAAGUCCAGACUUUGAAACUCUGGACAAAGAUGCGCUCUGCGCGGUGCUGCGUUCCUUUUACGCUGAAGCGCGCUCCAAAAGUGGACAGCUGUACAGUAAGUCCUCCCUCAUCAGCAUCCGGAGCUCACUGAACAGGUACCUGAACGAGCCGCCCUACUGCCGCACUUUGGACCUCACCAAGGACCCAGAGCUGCGCAGCGCAAACCUGACCCUGGCCGCGGUCAUACGGAGACUGGAGGAGCAAGGCGCCGGUCCCGUGGUGCAGAAACAAGCCAUCACGCGCUCAGACCUGCGGAAACUGUACGAGUCCUCGGUGUUCAACACCGACACCCCGUUCGGGCUUCUCAACAAAGUCUGGUUCGAGACCUGUAUGUAUUUCUGCACAAGGGGCCGUGAGAACCAGCGGGAGUUGGAGGAGGACUCUUUCGGCCUGGCUGUGGACGAGGAAGGGAGAAAGUUUGUUUAUUUUAAAGCUCUCGGACCGUACCACAAGUCCCGCUCCGCCGCUUGGACCAAGAAGCGUCCGGACGCAGACGAGGACACCUUGCCGCGAAUGUACGAGACGGGCACGGAGCAAUGUCCGUACGCAAGCUUCGUCCGGUACGUGUCCAAACGAAACCCGCUCUGCAGGGCUUUCUUCCAGCGGCCGCGCGACCACUGCUGCGCGAGCGACGUGACAUGGUACGAGAACAAAGCCAUCGGAAAGAACCUGUUGGGCACGAGGAUGCAGAUGUUGUCGCGCGCCGCGAAGCUCUCCAAGACCUACACCAACCACUGCAUCGGCGCCGUUUCCAUAGCAACCCUCAACAGCAUCGUGGGAGCCGCUGCCUUCAGGCCGACAACCAAGCUGUAUGUUGCCUCGGAAACGGCCAAUGGUCACGCGCAAUCCCACCUCCACCUGCUCAUCCCGUACCUGCGCCGGGUCACUGAUGCCACGGGUCUGGAUAGUAGGAAGGACAAGGAAGCAGCAGCAGCGCUAAGCUCACCACCGCAGAUAACAACAACAGCAACAGCAACAGCAGCAGCUAGAAGAGUCAGCGCCGAAGAGGAGUCUGGCGCUCCGCCUGCAAAGAAGCUGUGCGUGCGCCCCGGGAAACGCGCAGAGUCGCGGGCGGAGAGAGAGUCGGUCAAUGCGCGACCGGCGGAGUCCCAAAAGACACAGGCCGGCGUCCCGAGCCCGGUCUCUGGUCCAACACAGGAUAGACGGGGUAGCAGCAGUAGCAGCAGCAGCAGUGUGUCAAGUCAGCAGAUGGCCUCGCUGUCUCCUGUGUCUGCAAUGGGCUCCGGAGGAAUCCCCACACCAGCCCAGCUCACCAAGGCCAAUGCACCGGUCCACAUCGAUGUAGGAGGACACAUGUACACCAGCAGCCUGGCCACCCUCACCAAGUACCCUGAAUCAAGAAUCGGCCGUCUGUUUGAUGGGACGGAGCCCAUAGUGUUGGACAGUCUAAAGCAACACUACUUCAUCGACCGGGACGGACCCAUGUUCCGUUACAUACUCAACUUCCUCCGGACGUCCAAACUCCUCAUCCCCGAUGACUUCAAAGAAUACUCCCUGCUGUAUGAAGAAGCCACUUUCUUCCAGCUGGCUCCCCUGCAGGCCGAGCUGGAGCAGUGGAGGGCGGAGCGGGAACGCGGCGGGCUGUGUCAGGGGUGCGAGUGCGUCGUGGUCCACGUGGCUCCGGAGCUGGGCGAGAGGAUCACCGUGAGCACCCACCGGGCGGUGAUCGAGGAGGUGUUUCCUGAGGUGAGGGACGCCGUGUCCAACUCCGUGAACACCGGCUGGAACCAGGACUCCACGCACAUCAUUCGUUUCCCGCUCAGUGGCUACUGCCAUCUCAGCUCAGUUCAGGUGUUGGAGCGUUUACAACAAAGAGGGUUCUGGAUCACCGGCUCCUGUGGCGGCGGCGUGGACUCCUCUCAGUUUAGCGAAUACAUUCUCCGGAGGGAGGUUCGAGGCGGCCGACAUCCCCCCGCUCUCAUACCAAUCAAGCAGGAGCUGCUGGAGUGAUCUUUGGACGAUGUCACGGACGUCUGUUCUGUCAAGUGCGUGGACAGAUUUGACACUUCAUCAUGAGGCGAGUCAACAAACAGGAUCAGGUGUGGGUGCACAGAUGCCGCAAAGAUCAAAUGGGAUAUCUGUAGCUUCACCAUCUGUGAGUAGGACACAAAAAGUGGGAAUUGUGGACCAGUGUAACGGUAUACUCACAUUUCUACAGGUAUGAAAAGGAGGCCAGUAUGAAGGAGUGUACAGUACGUGUAGUAACAUUCUGCAUUGCAAAAAUAUUACUGACAAAUCUUGACUGAUGGCAUAUCAAGUUUUAAGCAAACUGAGCCGUUAUGCAUUCUGUAACUCAGUACUGCAAUAGAACAAAACCACCUCUGUGAGUUGCACACGUGAUCGAAUUGGUUUAAUAGCCCCAGAGAUUGUAAAGGGUUCAGUUCCGUUGUAUAGCAAAACCUCUACCAGCAGCACAUAAGUGGCUUCAGGAACUACCCAGACCCAACUUUGCACACUUAAUAGGGUUGUAAAAUGAAAUUUGAAUGGAUAUAAUUUGCAUUUCCACCGUUCUGUCUAUAUUCAAAACUCCCUCAUGCUAAACCCUUUCACUAUAUUGUAGUACUUUGAGGUUUGAGUCCCUGCAAGCUUUGCAUAACUGGAUUUGAGCAGGUUAUGCCACAUUUCCUGACAGACCAAGCUCUUAAAGAUCGGAUGGAAAGAGUCAUACAUGUGCUUCUACGCAGACGACCUGUGGCUGUACCACCCAGUGAGACAGACAGGCUCGUCCUGAACCCAACGUUUAAACUGAAAAUACUUUGUCACCGUCACUGAAAUCAUUCUGACGAGAGAUGUCUACGAGGAGGCUAAAUAAAACUCAGAGGUAAAGGAUUAGUAAACCAGACUGGAUGCACCUGACCACUGCUUGGAGCCACAGCCAAGGGUCUGGAUACUGUUGUAAAUUAUGAAUUUUCAAUGUUCUUUUUAACGAUUUUCAAUAAAAACUCGCAAAAAAAAAGACUUUUAUGCUCCAACUGUGUAUUGUUAUAUUGCCCAAUCCAGCUACCAGGUCUCAGACCACAUGCUGAAGUAGCUGGAAGUCAACGUACUGUUUAAUACAAACCACAGUUACGGUUCUAUUAUUGAGAACAGUUGGUCUGCAGAGUUUUUUUUUACACAGUUUAAAUAUGUCAAUGGUUUUGUGCUUCCAAUGAAAAUUGUUUAGGAACUUCCUAACAUACCUGCUUGUCAUUUGUGAAUUAAAAAGCCAUGUUUAAUGGAUAGAUUGAUACUGACAGUGGGUUUUUUUUGCAGCUGGCCUCAGAUUGUAGCAGUUUCUUCAAAUGCCAGUAACAGAACACGUUCACAUGUCAUUGCACGUUAAGCUUCAGUGAUCGUGUGAUGUGACUUAGGAUGUUUGGAGUCAGAUGUUUGCAGGGAUUGCUCUAAAAGGCAGAAGGGCAGCAAAUAUUUUUAUGAGAUGGUUCCAUGUUUCCAUUGUAUUCACAGCAGUCAAAAGACUGCUCCCCAUCUCCUUUAGCGUGCAGAUACUAUGAGUGCAGUAAAGUACAAACAUAACAUUGUAUCUGCCCUUUUGAAGUCAACAGGAUGAGCUACUGGCCGUAAUGUACUGUAUAUGUCCAACUGUGUAUAUGUUGCGGUUUAUAAAUCUUGAGGCACAUCGUUCCUACUUGCAUGUACUGUUGCACUGAUUUGUAAUAUUUGCGGAGACCAUCAAGUUACGUUUGUUGAAAGCACUUCUGACACGUUUGCACUCUGCGAAGUAAAACACCUAAAGCUAAAGCACCGCUGCAGGGUUCCCUGUGAAAUGAAACCGUUUCACUUUAUUCAGCCUUAAUUUUAUUCAUGGCGUGCAAUAUUUACCAUAGUUUCUCUUCUUUGCUCUGUUGUAGUCAAUACAAGAAGAAGAAUUUACACACAAAGGACUUGAAUUCUUAGAUUUUUUUUUAGGAUUUUAAACUUUGGGCAAAACCAGGCUCACUGUUUCCUCCUCGUUCCAGUCUUUAUGGAAAGAGGAGCUGAGCUAACUGUAGCUUUAUGUUAAGUGUAUGGACAUGAACGUGGUUUCAGGUUUAACACUUGACUGUUUAGAGGAAUCCCUAUAAUGUCAAACAAUUCAUUUAAACUUAAAAACGUGAGUUAUGAUGCAUUAUCUUUACACGUUUUUGAUAACUGAACAUGUCCAGUGCCUGGACCGUUCUGGCUCUAUGAUCACAUCUAAUUAGCUUGUCUGUGGUGUUUUUAUGUCCCGGGAUGUUGCUUCUUUCUAUUUUGUUGAGUUGCAGAUGUACCAUGGGUGCAGCGGUGGUCCAGCAGUCUUUACCGUUAAUGCACAAAACCGGCUCCUCUGGAUUUAAAAGCCCCGUCCAUCACAAAGCCUGUAAGAGAAUUUCUGCACACCACAUUUCUUUUGUUUCUCUGAUGCUCGGUUUACUUAAUAAACUCACAGUUUUGGUUUAA